AUGGCGCAUUACCAGAAUGGAUAUCCGGCCUACAACCAGUCUCCCAAUUCCCCACCGAGUUCGACUCAGCCUAACCGCUAUGACCUCUAUGCCACCCAGCCGACGAGCCCGCAGUUGCGAAGGAUGCCAAGUUAUAACGUGGGGGAUGAUGCGGGUGUUUUGGGCUCCCCUCAUUCCCAGGACUCUAGGGCCACCGAGAUGAAUGCUCGCUAUGCUGGCUGGAAUGCACCAGCGGAAGGCCAAUCUAGCUAUAAUCUCAUCAACACCGGACGCGAUGAAUACGCGGACCCUCGAUAUGCGCACAUCCCUGCGUCUACCUCGCCGCAAUUGUCGCGCGCCCGGGCUUCCUCACAAUCAAGCUAUCAAUACCAGUAUACCUCAUCUGUUCCUGCUGCCGCAUCACCCACCCAGCUUGCGUACAAUCCCCAGCAGUAUGCCUUGCCCCCCACACCGUCGCAGCAGCAAGUAGGCUUCAGUCCGCUCGCAUAUACAGGGCCUGGCGCUUCGUAUAACAGCUCAACAGCGCCCGGUCACCAGCCUUAUAAUCCAGCCGCCUACCAACCUGCUAGUUUUGGCUCCUCCCCAGUGCAGAGGCAGCCAACCAUCUCUUAUGCACAGGCUCCUCCCACACCUCAAUCUUUUGGGCCUCCCCACCCGCAGUUGCCGCCGCCUCCGCCGCCUCGGGGACCGGAUCACCCGUACGGAAGUCGUCCGUCCCCCCAGUAUGGAAAUGUUUCGCCAGGUACGCACUACGGGUUCGCAACCCAGCAGGCGUCAUCUUCAUCCACACUAUCCGGUUCUUUGUCCUACGGAACAACGUCCCCUUCGACACCCAAUGCCACCUAUGGAUCCACAAACAGCUCUUUUACCGCCAGUGGACCGAACACUGCUGCGGCCCACCUAUACACUGGAGGUACGCAAAUUCCAACCUACAUUCCACAGUCACCGGGUCAUUCUGAAGGUGCUCUUGCCUCUCCUUUCGAUGAACAACCUCCUGCACCCCCGGCUCACUCGACAUCGACCGAGGACGCCUUUGGGAAGCGGUCUAGCUUGACGCGCCCUGGCUCAGGAAGAUCCCUUCCCACACCGCCCAUCUACCAAAAUCAAACGCAGAUGUCGCCGCGUAGAACGGACACUUUGACUCGACACCCCCAGUCGCGGCCCUUACCUGGUCCUCCCGUUGAUGCGGAUGUGGGCUCAGACCCUUACAUGACUUCCAAUGGACUUGCCAGCCUGGAUAGUCGGCCAGACUCGAGGACUGGCUACGAUGAGCUAAUCAAGGAGGUCGAGGCUGCAGUUGCGGACCGGCGUGCCACCGGUGAGCCGGGUUACAGCUUGGAUCCAUUACACGUGGACCCACGCGACGCGCUGGUAUUGGAACCACCAACCAGCGUCUCCCCAGGUCCACGGCUAUCUCCCGAUGAGAGACACACCCACACCAAUGGCAGUAUUGCCACUGGUACAGGUCAGUAUGUGAAUUACGAUGCGUACAGUGAUGACAGUGACGCCGAGGCUGCUGCGGGCUUGGCUAUGCUGCAAAUGGCAGACGAAGAGGACAAAGCUCAAGCUGAGCGCCUUCAAGAACGUGCGCGGCGAGAGACGACCGCCUCUAUUAUCAGUGCGUAUGGAGCACGAUCGGAGAAUCGCGCUCCAUCUCCUCAUCAAGACUGGCAUCAGGAUGAGCUAGAUUCUUACAGUGGAAGCUACAAUCGGGCUUCCCAGUACGAUGGGCUGGAUCCCCACACGAAUGGUUAUGGUGAUAGCUUAGAUCAUGUCAGGCUUGCGCCCACAUCCGGCUCGAGACAUUCCAACCCUUUCGCAGAUGGCCAGAGGGAAUACUCCGAUGACUAUGACUAUCCAUCCGCAGCGCUCGAUGCUUCUGGGUAUCCCUAUCCAGACCCGCAGCAUCAUGCACGAGUGGAUGCUGGCGGCACUGGGGGAUUGGCGGAGCCGGGGGCGUAUGAACGUCGGAUGAGUUUCGAUUACGGCGAUGAGACCGAUGGGCCCUUAUCCCAAACUCAUAACCUGCAACGCUCGGGAAGUGAGAGCUCAGACAGAGGAGAUGAGCCUGGAGACCUCUUCUUCCACCCAGGCAUGCGCCCGCUUCCCCCGGCUCCCGUGGAGCCGGCGAGCAACCCAAGCCUGAUGUCGCAUUUGAUGCCGGCAGGGACGUACCGGCACUAUGAGCAGGGUGACGAGCGGGGCUCUACCCAGUAUACACCCUCCUAUUUCCCUGUUGCUCCAGACUCGUACACUUCGACCGUGUCCAGCCCUACCCAAGUCCCACGGUCAACGUCUUUGUCGAGUCAUCCAAUUGGACCUCGUACUGACCCCCCUAUCAGAUCGAAAACCGAUGCAGACCGGGCGAAGUAUAAACAGCAACAGGAGCUUCUGCGGCAGCAGCAGCAGCAGCAUGGUGCCGUCAAAUUUGAUACUUCUCCGGAUGCUGCAGCUGCCAUGACCCUCGAUUUACCUACAAUCCCUGCUGGGCGUCGUAAGAAGUUCAAUCCGACUAAGUUAUCAUCAGAACAAUUCCGACGCUGUACGGAGCCGUGGGCAUUGAGUGCGAUCUUAUCAUGGGUUCGGGAGCUCAGCGAGGAUGAAACGGACCUGAAGGAACAUACGAUCGUUGAGGCUAUCGUUGCCUUGUUCACCCAUAAAGUACCGACAAUGAACAUUGCUGAUGCCGAAACAUUAGCCGCACGUGUGGUCAAAAAUAUGAUGCAGGAGGAAGCCUUGGUGAAAGACGAGGAAUGGGUCAAAUUCAGCACGGGCACUUUGUCGGGAGUCUUGUUCCAGAUUACGGGUACUGGCUGCUACUCCUCUCGGCUUCAUGAACAAGGAACAGAAGUGUUUGGGCGUUGCUAUUCCCAUCAUUGUAUGCGGACGCUCAAGAAGGUCAACCUCAAAGCGCAGAUGAUGGAGGCGGACAAAAAGGCAGAAGACUGGGUGACGUUUUACAAGGUCCCCAAGGAAGUUUGGGAGACCUACCCCAAGAAGGAGAUCGAUCGACAAAACAAUCUACACGAGAUCGUGACCACUGAGGAUUCCUUCAUAUCCCAGCUCGAUGUUUUGCGUGAUCUUUAUCGGGAUCAGCUGGCGAGGAUGCAACCGUCGGUAAUUGCACCAAAACGUUUGAACAAAUUUUUGAAUGAUGUGUUCGGAAAAGUCGAUCCUGUCAAGAAGGUCAACGAAGACCAUCUCCUGGCUCAGCUCAAGUAUCGCCAGAAAGAACAGGGCCCGUUUAUCGCGGGGUUCAGUGACAUUUUCCGCGAGUGGAUCCGAAAGGCUAAGUCCGUCUAUAUCGACUACGCGGCCACGUUUCCCAGCGCCAAUUAUUUGGUGCGCAAAGAAGCAGAGAGAAAUAUUCACUUCCGCCAGUUCCUCAAUCAAGUCCGUGAUCACAAGCUGUCAAAUCGCCUUAGCUGGGACACUUACCUCAAGGCUCCUAUCACCCGGAUCCAGCGAUACACGCUGCUGCUGUCUACGGUUCACAAGAAUAUGCCCAAAGAUUCCGAGGAGAAAGCCAACCUAGCACAAGCCAUUGAAGAAAUCAAGCUCGUGGCACUCGAGUGUGAUAAUAAAGUGGGCGAAAUGAGCAGGAAGGUUGAUCUCAUGGAGCUUUCGUCCAAGUUGCAGCUCCGCCCAGAAAUGAAGAAGGAAGUUGAGCUGAACCUGGAACACUUGGGGCGCGAAAUCAUUUUCCGAGGCGAUCUGCAGCGGCCAGGAACACGAACAAGGUUCUUGGUGGAUACCCAUGCUAUACUUUUCGACCAUUACCUGGUGCUUGCAAAAGCCUUCACAGCUCGAGAUCCAUCGAGAACCGUGAAGUACGAGAGCUAUGAUGUGUCCAAGUUGCCCAUUCCCAUGGACCUCUUGGUCCUUGAGAGUGACAAUGAAGACCCUGUCGUGAAGUCUGCGGUCCGCGGAGUAGUCGCUCAAUCACCGGCCGUCGUCGGCCGUGGUGUAGGCGGCGGCCCUCUAACCCAUACUGCCAGUGGGAACUCGGCUAGUUCUGGCAACUCGAACCAAGGAAAGACUUUGGUGCCCACCACGGUUCUAGAGAGCUCGAAGGAUGACAAGAUCCUCUACCCAUUCAAGAUCAAGCACCUUGGGAAGAACGGAACAUACACGCUCUAUGCUUUUUCUGCCCAAAACCGGCAAGACUGGUGUGAUAAGAUCACGGUGGCAAAGACCAAACAUGCCGCCGCUUUAUUUACACAGAAUGCCGAGCCGUUUAGGCUCCGCGUACUUGCAGAUACCGCAUUUGCAACCCCUGACAAUUCAUCAAUCCCCACUGGCGUCACCAUCGACGGCACGCCUCUUGAUCGUGCGAUCAAGGACGUGGAGGAGCGUUACGGUCCGUCAACACCACGGCCGGCACCGGUUUGCAGAACUGCUGUCCACUGUGCGACUGUCUUCCAGCAACCGCCUGGUCGGAUGAUGUGCGCCAUCGGUACUGAUUAUGGCGUAUACAUCUCCGAAUACAAUGACCCUCGCGGCUGGACUCGGACUAUACCCAUUGUGCGCGUGACACAAAUUGCGGUGUUUGAAGAAUUCAAUGUCUUCCUCCUCAUCGCAGAUAAGUCCUUGAUUGCUUACCAUCUGGAUGUCGUGUGUCCUCCGAACGGUGUGUCAGCCCAGGCAACAACAGACUCUUCCCGGCGAGCGCCGCAGAAACUGUCUGGCAGUCGAGAAGUAGGCUUCUUUGCGGCAGGACACAUGAAGGACAGGACCUUGGUCAUGUAUAAAAAGAGAGACGGGUUGUCGUCCACGUUCAAGAUUCUCGAGCCAGUCGUCCAGAAGUCAUCAAGCAGCAGGAGCCGGCUUUUCAGCUCUCGACGUUCGCAGACCGAGUUCUUCCGAGAGUACGACGAGUUCUAUAUCCCCGCCGAAAGCUACGGCAUCAAUCUCUUCCAUUCUUCUCUAGCGAUCUCGACUCAUCGAGGCAUCGAGAUCCUCACCAUUGACAAGAAACAUACAUGGUCCGUUCCUGAUUUCCGAUCCGAAGCUCCUCCUGAGGCGCAAGCCCAGCUCACCAGUAUCGCUCAUCGGAUUGGAACUUUGCGUCCGCUGGGCAUGUUCCGCCUCAGCGACAGCGAGUUCUUGGUCGUAUACACCGAAUGUGCGGUCUAUGUGAACAAACACGGUGAUGUGUCACGCAGUGUGGUCAUGGAAUUUGUGGGCCAUGCCCACUCUGCGUGUCUCUACGGAAAAUUCUUAAUCUUAUUUAAUGACGACUUUGUCGAGGUGCGAAAUGCUAUGAACGGCCGCCUACGCCAAGUGAUCCCAGGUCAUGGUGUUGUCUGCUUAGAUGAUGGCAGCAGCAUGCCAGGCUCUGGUGCGAACAGUAUCCCUACCAGUGCCGGAGGCGCUGUCAACCUCUCCAGCGGAUUAUCGAACGGUGCUUCCCUGGCGAACAAUGGCCACACAGUGAAGAUCUGCAUGCAGCAUCCUGAAUACGAGCGGAGUCAAAUCAUACUCGAGUUGAUCGAGAAUGAAGGGCAAAAGGAUUAA